GUUUAUUUAAGGACAGUAGGAGAAGAUAAACCUCCUCAGAGAAAGCCAAGCUCACCAAGUUCGGUCAUGGCGACUUCUCAUCAACCUCUGCUUGAGCCUCCCAAAGCAAAAACUUCUCUCUUCAAGUAUCUGUGUGUGUUUCUCUCCUUAGUUGCCAUCAUAGGCCCACUUGCAAGAGUUACCAUCAGGUUGAUCAAUCCCAUCUCCUCCAACACUCCCUUAACAGCCCAUGUUUGUGAUCAAGCCCAUGAUCCCGUGUCGUGUUUAGCCGUGGUGUCGGAAGUAGAAUCUGGUGGAUCGUCACAAACGAACAGUGUAGAUUUGUUGAAGAUGGUCCUAGAAAGAUCAACAUCACACAUCCAAGAAACCAUUGAUACGGCCGUCAAUAUCAACGGUCGGAUCAAUGAUCGUAGGGAACAAGCUGCUCUAGCAGAUUGUCUAGAGUUGAUGGACCUAUCCAUGGAUAGAGUGAUGAACUCUAUGGUGGCUUUUGGAAGCCCAUCGGCCCGUUCCCACUUCGAUGCCCAUUCAUGGCUUAGCAGUGUACUCACGAACCAUGUUACAUGCUUGGAUGUUCUGGAUGGGCCGGCUCGGCCCAUCAUGGAGCCUAUGCUUAAAGAUCUAAUGUCAAGGGCAAGAACUUCCUUGGCCCUGCUGGUUGCAAUACGACCAAGGGAAGUUGAAGUGUUACAGCCACUAAACGGAGAUUUUCCGUCUUGGAUAACCAGAAGGGAUCGGAGGCUCUUGCAAUCUUUGCCUAAGGACAUCAAGGCAAAUGUGGUGGUGGCGAAGGAUGGCAGUGGGAACUACAAGACGGUCAAAGAAGCUGUGGCAUCGGCACCAGAUAAGAGCAAGACCCGUUAUGUAAUCUAUGUUAAGAAGGGGACUUACAAAGAAAAUGUUGAGAUCGGGAAGAGUAAGAAGAAUGUGAUGAUUGUUGGUGAUGGGAUGAAUUUGACCAUUAUUACUGGAAGUUUAAAUGUCGUGGAUGGAUCGACAACCUUCAAUUCUGCAACAGUUGCUGCGGUUGGUGAUGGAUUUAUAGCCCAAGACCUCUGUUUCCAAAACACAGCGGGACCAGAGAAGCACCAGGCUGUGGCACUUCGUGUCGGAGCCGAUCAGUCGGCCAUAAACCGUUGUUGCAUCGAUGCUUACCAAGACACUCUCUACACGCACAGCCUCCGCCAAUUCUACAGAGACUGUUAUAUCACCGGCACGGUGGACUUCGUCUUUGGCAAUGCGGCAGUUGUGUUCCAAAACUCCCAACUAGUGGCCCGAAAGCCCAUGAGUGGACAACAGAACAUGGUGACAGCCCAGGGCCGAACUGACCCAAAUCAGAACACUGGAACCUCAAUUCAAAACUGCAAUGUCAUAGCAAGUUCGGACCUCGAGCCUGUUAAGAAGACCAUAAAAUCAUAUCUGGGCCGUCCAUGGAAAGAGUACUCCAGAACUGUGGUCAUGCAAUCAAACAUUGGUGAUCAUAUUGAUCCAACAGGUUGGUCUGUAUGGGAUGGUGAUUUUGCUCUGAAAACAUUGUAUUAUGGUGAGUACAUGAACAAAGGCCCGGGUGCCGGGACUAGCAUGCGUGUAAAGUGGCCCGGAUAUCGGGUCAUCACUAGUGCAGCAGAAGCAAGCAAGUUUACAGUAGCCGAGCUUAUACAAGGAGGGUCAUGGUUGAAGUCCACUGGUAUAGCCUAUACUGAAGGGCUGUGA